UGGCAACCCUGUUCGAUGAAUCGGUGCGGUGGGUUGGAUAGAUUAUCAAUUGUCCUGAGUUGAAUCGUAAUUUUUUAACUAAACUUUGCGUUUGAUCAAUUUUUCACGUGGUGUCUUAACAAUUAUUAAAAAUUUACUCAUAGUCAGCAUGUCCGGAGAAACUCCAGUCCCACCUCCCGUAUUAUGGGCUCAGCGCAAAGAAGAUGUAUUUCUAACAUUUAGCGUCGAGUCUAAAGAUCCGACUAUUAAAAUAGAAAAGGACUCGGUUUAUUUUAAAGGCGUCAACGUGCCGGACAAUAAAGUACACGAGGUAACUAUACCAUUAUAUGAAACUGUGAUCCCUGAAAAUAGCGCCUACGUAAAUAAAGGCAGAUGUAUAGAAAUGGUGCUUCGUAAAGAGAAAAAAGAUGCGCCGUACUGGCCUAAUCUAACCAAGGACAAAAAGAAGCCACAUUACCUUAAAAUAGACUUCAAUAAAUGGAGAGAUGAGGACGACGAUGAUGAAGAAGGUGGCGGUAAUAAUUAUGACAUAGAAGAAAUGCUCCGGUCGAUGGGUGGCGGUGGCGGCGGUGGUGCUGGUGAUAAAUCAGACAAACCAUCCUUUGACGACUUGGAAAGUGAUUCAGAUGAUGAGAAUUUACCUGAUCUUGAAUAAAUUUCGUAGUGAUAAUGCUUAUAUUUAACUAAAACAGUACAUUAUGUAUUUUAAGGUUUUUACAGUUAUAAUAAAAUUAUUGUGAGAUGAAGUGUAACAAUGUUAAUUUUAUUAUUUUCUUUCAUGGAUUUUCCAUCUGAAAGUCCCUAGUGCUUGAAAAGUUAAUAGAAUUCAGUUGUAUACAAUUAGCAUUAGUGUCUGCAGCAGUGCUGGAUUUACUAUUAAGCCGUAUAGGCUGCAUCCUAUGGACGGCAAAUACAAGGGAAGAUUUUGCAAGCAUAAAAUCCCAUAAAAUUUGU